UAACAAAACUGAGAUAGAGCGAGAGAGAGGGAGAUGUGAAGGCAAAGCAAGGCAAGGCAUAAGUGCUGCUCCAACCAUAUACACCUGUGUGACACAGUCUCGUUCGACAUAGGUUGGAUAAGACCUCCAUCGAAGGAGAGGCGGAUUACUUGAGGAUGGACUAUAAUUUCUAGCAACUGAAUAAGGGAUGCUAAUUUGGAAAUAUUCACCCGGUUAUUCCAUGCUGUAGGACACUGUUCACUUUCGUGUUGCUGUUUCGCCGUUAUUUUUGUAUGACGUUUGCGUUUUGAUGGUCACCAAUGAUUCGCGCUUCCUGUACUUGCAAGAGUAGCCUGUCCAGGCGCUGGCACAGAAUCUGCUAAACUGCUUCUAGUUCAAUAUUCUCUGGCGAUUUGGGAACUAAGAAAGCAUCGGUCUAUCAACGGAAAGAGGACUUCGAAUAUCUUUCCCCUUGUAUAAGAGUAGGACUUGUCGGAGCGCAUCCGAACGCGCACUAGCCUAUUUCCAAUAAUUGGCACACAGGACAGGCGGACCUCACGAACCCCCCCCCCCCACUCACACACAUACACAGCUGCAGAUGUCAUGGGUUGAUCUGCUUAUUGUAAAAAACUAAAACUACAAAACAUUAACCAAAAAGUGUUAUUAUUAUUUAUUUUAAUCAUUAUUUUAUUUUUCCGAAAUCGAAAUUGAGGUCUUGUAGAAAAUCAAUCCUCCACACCUGGACAACAUCAUUUUGUGGAUAGAAGGCAUAAAACCCUUAAAAACCAUUGCUCAAUUACAACCAAAACAUGAGAGAAAUUCGCCUCUGUAGAUCUUCUGUAGGUUACCGAGGAAACGGCCGCGGGAUUGGGGGCGAGGGCAACGGUGCGAGGGGACAGGGAGAGGCCGGGGAAGAGGAGCUCUCAGCGCGACUGCCCGCCGCGGAACAGCCGCUGCCGGUGCUGGAGAGCUUGGCUGGGGGGAGGUGGUGGAAGAAUGAACCAUACAUCCGUGAGGAAUUAUAACAGUCGCGGACUUUGGAGACAUAGCCUAUUUCUAAUUCUUCAUAUUUUCCCAUAUGGAUAUACUACUGUAAGAGACGUCUACAAAUUCAAUCAAGUAUAGCCUAGGAUAGCUAAUAUUUUGGUGUUAUUUAUGUGUGGGGAAAUAGUAGCCUACAAAAUCAUCCUUAUUCUCUGUAAGCUUACAUGUGGCACAUUAAGGUCAUCAUAAAUAUAUUUAUGAGCACUUUUCAAAAGUAUACAGCUUGAAGUUUAGACACUGCACCUUAUGAGAAAACUACUGCCUCCCUUCAUUGACCUAUACACAAAUGCCACGAGUAAGGCUAUUCAUUUUCCCUCUCCUAAAUUGUACUUACAAAAACCUCUCAUAUUUAUUUCACUGAGUUAGAAAACAUUUAUUUUCAUGAGUGAAACAUUAAGUUGAUCUAGAGAUUCCUAUUUCAAGAUGCCUGGAUAGUAAAGUCUGGUAAUCAAGUCAUUUAUAUGUGUAUUUAUGUGUUGAAUAUUUAAAGUGUGGACAAAGUUGUUGAUAGUUAUUUGGCUGUAUAUUCAUUUUUGAUUAGAAUAUAUUCUACCGUCUUUGCUUGCUGGUGUUAUUUAAAUUGGAUUCUUUGCUUGAGAAUUGACCUCAAGCACUGCCUGAGCAAUAUAUCUGUAUGGCCAACUCAUAGUCUCAGACCUGCAGAUGCUGAACUCAAUGGGUGAGGCACUCACCUGCUUGACAGCAACCCAGACGAAUGCACUUAGGCUAUCAGACAAAUGCCAUGACACACAUUCACAAUCACAUCCAGUGUCAGCAGAUACUCACUGACACCAGUGUAUUUAAUUAUCUAUAGACACUAAUGUCAAGGCAUAGUGGAGGAGCAUUGAUUUACAGCAAGUUUGGGCCCAAAGGAAUGUGACAACGACAACAAUAUCAAACAGACACAGACCGUGGAAAACUAUGGUAACUCAAGACAAAGUUGGAUAUCUAAAGUUAUUUGCUUCGAAUUGCCUCCACUUUCUUAUCGUGGGCUGAAUAGACGAUGGACAUCUGAAGAUACUUUAGAGGUCUGGGAUCGAAGCACAACACCUCUCAUCUUUCUUAGAGAACGCUCGCGCCCGGCGGAAGAGCAUAGCCAACGUGAAGCAGCCAAGCAUGGAGAUCCCUCCCACUGCCCCUCCCCAACCCUUCCGACAAUCCAGUUUCCUCAGUAGAAGGUUGAAGGGCUCUAUCAAGAGGGCUAAGAGUCAGCCCAAACUGGACCGCACCAGCAGCUUUCGACACAUGAUCCUCCCCCGCUUCCGUAGUGCCGACCAGGACAGAACGCGCCUGAUGCAGAGCUUCAAAGAGUCCCACUCCCAUGAGUCCUUGCUGUCUCCCAGCAGCGCUGCCGAGGCGCUGGACCUCACCCUGGAUGAGGACGCCAUCAUCAAGCCCGUCCACUCCAGCAUCCUGGGACAGGAGUACUGUUUUGAGGUGACUACGGCUUCAGGAACCAAGUGCUUUGCAUGUCGCUCGGGUGCAGAGAGAGACAAAUGGAUCGAGAAUCUUCAGAGAGCUGUCAAACCCAACAAGGACAACAGUCGGAGGGUGGACAACGUGCUGAAACUCUGGAUCAUCGAGGCGCGGGAACUUCCCGCCAAGAAGCGCUACUACUGCGAACUUUGUCUGGAUGACAUGCUUUACGCACGCACCACCAGCAAGCCCCGGACUGACACCGUGUUCUGGGGCGAGCACUUUGAGUUCAACAACUUGCCAGCCGUCCGCAACCUACGCCUUCAUCUCUACAAGGAGACUGACAAGAAGAGACGCAAGGAAAAGAGCACAUACCUGGGACUGGUCAGUAUCCCUAUCUCCAGCAUCACAGGCCGACAGUUUGUGGAGCAGUGGUACCCGGUCAUCCAGCCUAGCGUCCUGGCCAAGGGGCAAGCAGGGGGCAAGAUCAUCAAUGCCUCCCUACGCCUCAAAUCCCGUUACCAGACCAUGAGCAUCCUGCCCAUGGAGCUGUACAAGGAGUUUGCCGAGUAUGUUACCAAUAACUACCGGACUUUAUGUGCGGUGCUGGAGCCUCUACUGAGCGUGAAGAGUAAAGAAGAGGUGGCCUGUGCGCUGGUCCACAUACUACAGAGCACAGGGAAAGCAAAGGAUUUUCUUUCGGACAUGGCGAUGUGUGAGGUAGAUAGAUUCAUUGACCGAGAACACCUUAUCUUCAGAGAGAACACUCUGGCCACCAAAGCCAUAGAAGAGUACCUCAAGCUGAUUGGACAUAAGUACCUCAAGGAUGCAAUAGGAGAGUUCAUAAGGGCACUGUACGAAUCAGAAGAGAACUGCGAGGUGGACCCCAUGAGGACACCACCCUCUGUCCUUCCAGAUCACCAAGCCAAUCUCCGCAUGUGCUGCGAACUGGCACUCUGCAAAAUCGUCAACUCCCAUUGUGUGUUUCCUCGAGAGCUGAAGGAGGUGUUUGCCUCGUGGAGGGUGCGCUGUGCGGAGAGGGGGAGGGAGGACAUCGCAGACCGCCUAAUCAGCGGCUCCCUUUUCCUGCGCUUCCUGUGUCCGGCCGUCAUGUCCCCCUCUCUGUUUAACCUGACCCAGGAGUACCCAGACGAGCAGACAUCUCGCACGCUCAGCCUCAUCUCCAAAGUGGUGCAGAACCUGGCCAACUUCUCCAAAUUUGGUAUGAAAGAGGAGUACAUGAGCUUCAUGAAUGAGUUCUUAGAGAUGGAGUGGGGCUCCAUGCAACAAUUCCUCUAUGAAAUCUCCAACCUGGACAGUGUGAGCAACGCGGGGGGCUUCGAGGGCUACAUCGACCUGGGCAGAGAGCUGUCCAUACUGCACAGCCUCCUCUGGGAGGUCAUGGCCCAGCUCAGCAAGUCUUCUAACCCUAACCCACAGGAUGCCAUUAUCAAACUGGGUCCCUUGCCCCGCCUCUUGAAUGACAUCAGCAUGGCCCUGCGCAACCCCCACCUGCAGAGGCAGCCCAGCCACCAGAACCAGACAGAUAGAGUCCAUGAGAGACAGACGGAGAGGCUGCUCUCACGACCCAGCUUCCACAGGGGAGUCUCCUCGGAGUUCCAGAAUCUCAUGAUGAAGGAUCUCAACAGCUCCAUAGAUAUCACUCGCUUGCCUUCCCCUACAUCUGGUGUGUCCGGUGGGGGGGUCAUGCCGUCUCGUGCUCAUGCUCAGCUGAGUUUCCAAGAGCGCGAUCACCCACAUCGAGCCUCCAAAGACGUUUUCUAUGUAACCCGCCCUCCCUUGGCCCGAUCCAGCCCUGCCUACUGCACCAGUAGCUCCGAUAUCACAGAGCCAGACCACAAGUCGGUGGCCAUGCUCAACUCCUCCCAGGCCUCCAUCACCGGCAUGGGCAGCUUCGGAGGGCUCAGCAGCCAGGGUGGAGGAGGCCUGGGCUCAGGCCUGAGCGGCCAGCUCCGGGCCGGGGGCCGCCACUCGGCUGGCUCGGGGGGAUCCAGCAUGUCAGGGGGCCUCCGGCUGAGCCAGUUGAGCCAGAUGGGCACCACCACCGACUCGCUGUCCCAGCAGCAGCAGCAGCAGGCCGCCGCCCUGAGAUACCCGCUCUCCUUCCAGAACCCCCUGUUUCACCUGGCCACCGGCACUGCAGAUGGACCCCACCUUCACCACCAGCACAGCAGGGCCCAUCUCCCGCCGCCCCUGCUCCUGGCCCCGGAGCCUGACCCUGGUGGCUCGCACCAGGCCUACAUCCCCCAGUUCGCCCACGGGGGGUUCUCACGCAGCGAGGACCUGUCCACCCUAAGGACCGGGGCAGGGCAGCUGGGGCAGCCAGCCAUUAUCCACUCACACAGCUAUAGUGACGACUACAGCAGGGCUGAUUACGCACGGCGGCAACUGUCCAUGCACGGGCAGGAAAAUCUUCAACAGCAACAGCAGAUGGGCAUGGCCUCUCAGACUGGUACCUCCCACUCCUCACUGGCCACACCCCCCUCCACAGUCCAGCCCAUGCGCCAGAGCUCCAUCGCUCCACCUUCCGCUCAACGCGUCAAAUCACAGACCUCCCAUCAGCUGUCUGUCAGUGCGGCUGUUGCUCCCACACCAUCCGCUAAGACACGACCGCCCAGUGCCAACCUAUCGCCAGAGUCGGGCUACGGAGGUCGGCAACAGGCACCGCGGCAACAGCUGUCGGUCAAAGACAACACAGCCCCUGGACUGCCCCACCAGCAGAGCUCAGUCAGGGAGAGCCAGGGGCCACAGGGAGGCACUACAACAACCAUACAGCAAUCACAGCAGCAGCAGCAACAGCAACAACCACAGCAACAGCACCUGCUUAAACCUUCCAUCAGCAAACAGGGUUCUGGCCAGUCGCCCUCGACUCUUAACCCCCCGACCCCGGCCAAUGAGAGAACAGUCGCCUGGGUCUCCAACAUGCCUCACCUCUCCGCUGACAUUACUCUGGAGGCUAACCGCAUCGACCGCGAGGAGUUCAAGCUGAAGGAGUACUCCAAAAGCAUGGAUGAGUCUCGCUUAGACAGGGUAAAGGAAUACGAGGAGGAGAUCCACUCCCUGAAGGAGCGACUGAUCAUGUCCCACAGGAAGCUGGAGGAGUAUGAGAAGAGGCUCCUCUCCCAGGAGCAGCAGACCAGUAAGAUCCUCUCACAAUACCAGAGUCGCCUGGAGGACAGCGAGAGGAGGCUACGGCAACAGCAGGUGGAGAAAGACUCCCAAAUUAAAGGAAUAAUCAACAGACUUAUGGCUGUGGAGGAUGAGAUAAGGGGAGGAGCCGUGGUUGAGCCGCCAAAAGCUAACGUUAGGGUCUUCGCCGAUCAGGGGGCCCAGCAUUCCUCCCUGGGUUCAGCAGACCCCUGUGUGAAUACUGAAGGUGGAAGAGGAGGAAGAGGAGGAGGAGAAGAAGAAGGAGAUAAAGAAGGAGGGAUGACCACUGAUCCUGACCAUACUAUCUCUUCCUCAUGCAUCUCCUCCACUGGCUUGCCCCGGAAUGAGAAUGGAGUCCCCUCCCCACCCGUAGACCCUCCUCCUCCCCCCACUCCUCAUCUCCACUCCAGUCCACACCAGAAUGGAGAGCUCCGUGUCAACCCAACAUCCUCCCCAGUGACAAGCACGGAGGCAACUGAGAGCAAUGCAACAGCAGGACUGGGCAUAGAGGAGAGGGAGCAGGUCAAAAACAACACGAAACCAAAUCAGAGAGAGAAGACACAAAUAAAAAAGUCUUGCCACAUUUCCUUCCUUUUUUGAGGAGGAUGAGAUGACUGCAAUCUUUCCCGUUUCUUUUAUGUGUACUCAAACCAGAGAGAGAAGAAAUGUGUGGGGGGUCAUUGUACAUUUAACUGUACAGUACGUUCAGCAUUAUCAUACAAGACAACAAAAGGGCUUUCCAAUGGACCUCAUUUCCGUCAUGCUCAAACUGGGCUUUGGUCAGUAUCUGUCUUGCAGGACAAGAUAAUGAUACCUUUUAGUUAUCGCUGACAUUGUGGGAUCCUCAUGUACUGUUUCAAACGAUCAAACUAUAGAGCCUAUCAUACACUGGUAUAGGCCUAAUCCCCAAACCAAGCGACUAUGUGAGAUGUUGCUUUGUGUGUUUGUUUAAUCAAAUAAAGACAGUAAGCAAACACUAUAUAACGUCUCACUCCCCAAAGACUUCUCAGUAGCCAAUAGCAUCCUACUACUAUAUACAUGCGUGUAGUAUCCCAUAAUUACAUCGAUAAAGGUCUAGUCAUUUCCUGUCCUGAAAACUCCAGCUCUCAAAUUUAAUUGGUAGAGAUGUGGUCAUCUGGCUUUUGUAGUCUGGUUUCCUUAGUGCCUUUGAGUGUAUUUUAACAGGGUUUUCAAAUAACAGGCGGAGAUGAUAUUGACAGAAGGAUUAUUUUAACUGAUGAUAGUACAUAAACAGUCUAAUCAAGAUCCAAAAAUAACUAUGCUGUGUGAAAUGCAGACUAACUACAGAGUCCAGAACAAGCAGAAUACGGUUUUAUUUUUGCCCUAAGGAAAGUGUUUGAUGUUUUCAAAACAUCGUGUGUAAAUUAAGGGACUUCCCAUUCGUGGACUGGACUCGUGCAAUGUUUUCUCUUCUCAAUCUCAGAACCUGUGUGUGAUCAACUGGUGCUACAGACACAAACAGGGCUGUCUCCAAAUCAAGUGUGUGUGUCAAUAGCACUGCCUGUCAUGGUUCCCCACUGUCUGUAUGUCUGUCUCCCUCACUCUGUCUGUUAUUGUCAAGGUAGCCUAUUUCUUUUAUGUAUUUGUCUAUGCUUGUUUGUUAUGUGUGUCGUGUCCUUACGUGUGCAAUUGUUUAAUGGAGUGGGAGCUGGGUCAAGUAGGGUGCAUAAACCAAAUGAGACCAUAACAAAGUUGUCAGGUAAAAAGUUUACCAGCCAUUUUAAGUGGUUGAAAAUAUCAAAGGGAUACUAUUUGUGGACCUUCAGUGUCCUGGCAUAUAACGUAGUCACUUGUAACACCUAGUACACUUCCAAAAUUGUUGUCGUGGCCUUUUCUGCUUAGUACCACGUAAACUACUUAUUUGAUUCUUAUUUUGGGGUAGCCAGUUAAGUCUAGCCUUAAGUGCCUGGGUCUCAGAUAAUGACAUUUUGGCCAGUAGUCAAACAGCGCUCAGACAAAUUUGUAUGUGGCAUAGACUUUCUUCAUGUCGUUUCGAGGGACUACUUUUAAGUUAACGUACCAUUCAGCUGAGCAUGAUGAAUGCUAAUGUAACAACAUUUUGAGACAACAAAGAUUGUUUGGGGCAUCGUUAGUAAAGAGUACUUCGAAUCUGAAACAUGUUACACACACAGUGCACUAAAAGGAAUUCAUUGCUUUGUGUCAACUGUUCAGAUAUCACCUGUCAUUGAAUACUGUUAUACUGUGUUGUCAUGUCUUCUUGUUUCGUGUAUAACUUGUCCAUUGUAAUCUUUGUUUAGAUGUGAACUUGGGUUUAUUUUGGCCCUUUUUGAUUCACACUGGUGGUGCUUUAUAACUAGUUGGAGAACAUUCCUUAGCUGGCUUAGCGUCUCAAGUGAAAUAACAUGCUUCAGACAGUCCUGGUUUUGCAGAACCCAACACCAGUCUUAUUUCACUUUUUGUAUUUGAUUAAGAGUCCAUUCACUAAGGGCCAUAUCCUAACUUGAUUGAUAUUUUUGCAGUUCUCCCAUUGGCAUCAUGCAUUACGAGUAAGUCUGAGUUUAACAUGCUGAUCCCAAGUUAGGAUUCGGCACUUUGUGUAUAGGGUCAAAAUGCCUCCGCCAAUGCUGUGUCGGUCAGUACUAGGGGAUUAGCCAUAGUGUAGAGUGGAUGAGAUUCAGAGAUAUGAGAGAGAUUUAGAGUGUUGAAUUAAAAGUUAACCAAAUGUGAUUGUUAAUAGGGAGAGUGUGUUGUAGUUAACUUGUGUUAAGUCACCUAAUAGGGCUACCUUUCUAGUGCCAAAACAUAUCAGUAAUAAAAUGGCUUUUAAAGCAACUAGGGUUUUACAUCUGCAUUGAGUAAAGAUAUGGGACUAUACAGGGUCACUGGUUGAUAUAUGAGCAUUGCCAUUAAUAUACCUCAGAGAUGCAGAAUUGAGAGACUCAGGUAAACAAAUAUUUGCCUCAGAGCUAAACACAAACUGACAAAGAGAUGAAUCCUACUUUGGAGGGACUGCCAUCCGAUACAGUGGUUGGUGCAUCUCUUAACAAGAUCUAUCCCACUGGGCAAAAACUGGUUGAAUCAACAUAGAUUCCACAUCAUUUAAACAAAAAGGCUAAAUGUGAUGUAGUUAUGCAAUUUCAUUAGGGAUGUUAGGGAAUUUAGUUUUUUUUUCACCCAAAUUUGAACCUAAAUCCAAUGACAUGGAUUAAAUUCACUUUAGUUGACAACUCAAUCGAUUGUAAAUCAAAAUUAGACGUUGAAAUGACGUCUGUGCCUAGUGGGAUGGCUAUGAUUGGAUAGCAACUCAUCAAGCACCUCCCCGUUCCUUCUCUCUCUGUCUUCCUUUUCUCUCCUUAGCCAAUCACGCAGCUUCGUGGAGGACAAUCUGGAACCUAAUUGGCUGAGGCAACAUGGGCAGCCCGCAUGGCCUGGCCAUAUAUCAAGAGCGCUCUCUCGUGAUGCGAUUGGCUGACAAAGGGAGAAGUUGGGCCAUUGGUCCAAUUCUCCUGACCUUAAGGAUAGUCCAGAGCAACAGCUGACCAUGUAAGGAUCUGCUGUGUUAUUUACCCUACUUUACUUGGGCCCUCUCUCUCUGAUUGGAUGGCUGGACAAUCUGUAUUUGACGCUUGUGAUUAGAUAUUUUCUUUUCUUUUCAAGACGUGCCAAUCUCGGGAAAUGGUUUUGUUGGCUCAUCAAGCAUGUGAAGAACAGCUAUGCAGAUUGACAUGAUAUAAACCUUUUGGGAUUGAGUUGUAAGUUAAAUGAAAGAGGGAGAGCUGCUGUGUAUAAGAUGCAUUUCAACGGUGCUUUCAUUUUUCUUUCCUAACAUUUUUCUAAGAUCUCACAAUUUGUUUCUUUCAUUUUUCCUUCCUAUCAUUUUCUACAGUCCACCCACUAUCUACCCAUUCCUCUUUCUAUCUAUUCUUAACCACCCACCUCAGAUUCUGUUCACUUUUAGACUUGUUCUGCUCCUGUUCAUAUCUGCCAUGGUUUUGGUUUUGUUCUUUCUUCUUUAUCUCUAUUAGUUUUACAUUUAAAGGAAACUAAUUAUGCACAGCCUAUUACAAGUGAAACUGCUACAAAACAAAAUGUUGCUUCAAUUAAAAACUUUGAAAAAUGUAGAAAAUGCUAUGAUUUAUAUUUCUAUAAUAAUGCUUAUUCUUACCGUAGUACUACAUCAACUUUUCAUUGGAAAUCUUCCUCUCGCAAAUGUUUAUUUCUUGAUAAUGACAAGACUAGUAUCUAAUGACAGUCCAGAAAUGAUCAAUUUUAUAUCAACUGAUUUUUCUUAAGACAAUCUUAUGAAACAUGACCCUUUUGGGGAGAAAGAUUGCCCUGGGAUUGUGACGGAUAAAAACACAAACUGUUGUUUUACCUGCUCCCCUCACAAUGACCUGCACGUUGCCGUGACCUGUAACCCCUCCACUUCUCUCUUGUAAUCCCUGGAAGAGAGAUGUGAGGAUGGAUGUUGUUUUUCUACUUGACCAUCGCUGGGGAGCUCUCCAUUUUACAGACGAUCUAAAAACUCCUUAGAAGAGGACAUCCUUACCAUCACGUUUUUGUUUUCCUAUUUCUGUCUCUGAUGUAAGCUUAGUGGAGAAGACGCAAGUUUAUCAUGUUUUUCCACUGUGGUGAGACCGAAUUCUGGAGCCAAGUUUCUGUAGAACUUCCAUUUGAUUUCUUUGUAUGGACUCCACUGACACAGAAGCUAAAUAAAACCCUGUGCCCUCCUUCACCUCUGACCACUGAAAGGUGACACAUCAAAAGAGCGAGAGAUUAGAGGUUAAUACCUUUUACGUGAUUGAAUGUGUGUGUAUAUACAGUGUGUGUACAGUUGUUGUGUAUAUACUGGAUAUGUGUGUAUAUAUGGUAUGUCUAUGUGUAUAUACAGUUUGUUUGUAUAUGCAGGGUGUACAGUUUUUUCCUCAAUCCUCUAAUCUCUCUCUCUCUCUCUCUCUCUUAAAUGACGUAUUUGACUCCUCAAAGAAUAAAUGUUGGGGAGUGGAGAGGUUCACACUGGCAAUUUAAAGGACAGCUGUCUGGGAAGCACUUUCUGUGCAGACACUGACAAAUCUGACACCUCUGAACACCUACACACCUAUUUAUGCCUCUCAAAACAAUCUCUGGCUUGCACUCAUUUUCUCAUCAACCGAGGCAUUUUAAAAAAAUUAUAUUUGGGUGACCAAGCAAUGUUUGUACAUAUACAGUAUAUAGAAUAACUAAGAUAAUAUUUCCAGUGACCUCCAUCUCCUUUUCUUUGAAUUCCUGUAACUAUUAUGAUUCUUCGUUGUUAUUUGAUUUAAGUUUUGCGUUUCUCUACAUUAAAUGUUUGCAAUGGUUGUCAUUCAGAUAUAUAUAUUUAUCCAGACAACCCUUAUCUAAUCUUUCCAAUUUAGUUCCCCGAACUCUGCCUCUCAUAGACCCCUCUGUCAGGCUGAACGUUUGGUUCAGGUCACACUGUUACUUGUGAAGCAACUCUUCCAUGCAAGUAACACCAUGUUAUUAGCCAUUUCUUCAAGUUCUAUUAAGUGUGCCUCCAACUCGCCAACCCUCCCUCACCCUUGAACUUUCAACCCCACAGGUCACACAUAGUCAUACCCCUUGACAAGCCAUAGUCCCCCAACCCCUCUAUUUUUGUUUUAAAAAGGACAGACAUUCGGGGAUUUGUGUAUAUUAAUGGAAGAGUGAUAUUGAAGAGUGUAUUGCCAUUGUAAAUGGAUUUGUUAUGAAUGUGGAUAUUCUGAUGAUUUAACUAUUAUUAUAAUAAUGAUUAUGAUUAUUGCCACUUUGAUUUUGUUGAUUCAUUCCUUUGAUGCGGUCAAUAACAAUUCCUUCAUUUAAUUUUUGAAUAAACCGGAAUUUAUAUUUUUCGGGUGGGUGAAUCUUGGAGAUAGAAAUACUUAAAUAAAUGAAUAAUAAACAAAUAAUUAACUUCUUAAAAUAAGAUGUGAUAUGUAUUUUUUUGUAUAAUUCCUACAGAACAGUCACCACAGUGAAACAUAUUUUGAAACUCUUACAAAGGCCUAUUGGCCAUUUCAUAGUUGAUGCGGCCUAUUCUGGGGUCCAUAUCAUGAGAUACACUGUAGUUUACAGAAACAUCAUUAGAUUAUCACUGGACAACCAAAGACACAGUAUGCCAGUCAGAUCAUAGUCGUCGACAUUGACAUUACCAUAACCGAUCAUGUUUGCAGAUAGUAUUUGCUGAGGCUGUUGGUGCAUUUCGUGUGAUAAAAACUAAGACUAGUCUUUUUCGUAAGUAUUCACGGCCCUUGACCUUUUCCACAUUUUGUUGUGCUGCAGCCUGAAUAUAACAUGGAUUCAUUUGAGAUGUUGUGUCACUGGCCUACACAUAAUACCCCAGAAUGUCAAAGUGGAAUUAUGUUUUUAGAAAUAUAUUCAACCCCUUUGUUGUGGCAAGCCUAAAUUAUUUCAGGAUUAAAAAUGUGCUUAACAAGUCACAUAAUAAGUUGCAAUAAUAGUGUUUAACAUGAUUUUUUAAUGACUACCUCAUCUCUGUACCCCUCACAUACAAAUGAUUGCAAGGUCCCUCAGUCUCUGCAAUGAAUUUCAAACAGAGAUUCAACCAGAAGGACCAUGGAGAUCCACCAUGAGGUCAAUAGUGUCUUUUAAACAGUUAAAUAGUUCAAUAGCUGUGAUAUAAGAAAACUGAGGAGGGAUCAACACCAUUGUAGUUACUCCGCAAUACUAACAUAAAUGACAGUGAAAAGAAGGAAACCUGUACAGAAUACAAAUAUUUGCAAUAAGGCACUAAACUAAAACUGUAAAAAAUACAAAUAAAUUUAAAAAAUGUGGCAAAGAAAUUAACUUCAUGUCCUGAAUACGAGGCGUUAUCUUUGGGGAAAGUACAUCACAUCACUGAGUACCACUCUUCGUAUUUUCAAGCAUGGAGUUGGCUGCAUCAUGUUAUGGGUAUGCUUGU